UGAUCCUUGCCCUCCACUUUCAACCUCUCAAUUUUUGCUAGAGCGUAAACACAUUUAUGUCCGCACCCUUCACUCAAACCUACGUAAGAAAGAAAACUACAUCUCCCGUCGUCCCGAGCGGCGGAGUGACGUCCCUUCCUGGGACUGUGUGGCGCGCGAGACGUUUGUGCGAGGGGUACACCUAAAGAGGGCACAGAUCAGCUGGCGUUUUAUCAGCAUCGCUUGCUAUUCAGCCCGGACGUUGCAUAGCAGAGAAAUGGCCGACUCCCAUGCUGGCUCCUGUGUUCGCGUGGAUCACCGUUCUCUCUCCUCUGCUGUGAGUGAGCCAAUGCACCUGCUGCCCUGUCAGAUCCAGAAAGAUGGGGCAGCUAAUGUGAAGGAGUAUUUCAACCCUGCUGUAAGAGACAGAGAAGGAGGCAAAGAAGUGUCCUUCAGAGGGCGAGCACUAAAGGGGCAAGAGGUGUCUGUACCAUCUGGUUAUAUGGGCGUUGUACUAAAGGAGGAUCACAAACCUUGUUCUGAAGAAGAGGAUCGCUUGUUCACAGUGAAAUCCACCUUCCGCUCCUUUACUCAAUGGAAUCUCGAGACUCCACCUUCAGCAGAUGAUGUUCUUGUAAUGUCACUAGCAUGGCCGAAAAUAGCCGCAUCGAUCCAUGCACCCGUUGAGUAGAAGACUUCUCUGGUUCAGGAUGAAACUUGUCUGGGUGUUUACCUGUAAACCAAAUACAUUUUUUCUACCUUCUUUAUUUCAUUGUCAGAUUUUAAAUCAAACAAAUUGUAUUGCGACAUCCUUGUGUCACUCAUGUUAUAAUUGUAACUUUUUAAACCAAUGACCUGCGUGCACAAUACAACCACCACUGUCUAAAGAAGCAUAAUUAAUACCCAGUUGCUACAAGGUUUUGGUAUUAAAAAGUUUUAUUUACAACAUAUAUUUACACUGCACAAUUCCAGCUUUGUUUGUAAUUCACUGUCCUGCUUUCCUUCCCACCCUAGAUUAAAUCUGUCAUCUCAGCUACUAUUAAUAUUCAUACUUUAGUCUUUAACCCUGUCACUGACUUAAACAUUGUAACCACUGACUUAACCUGCAGAACAGCACUGCCCAGUGUUGUCCUGUAAUAGUGCCAUCCUGUAGCAUCUGAAAAAGUUACUUUAUUAGAUAUACAAUUCCACUGUAAAGAAAACUAUUGGGGCCAAAAAGUGGGCAUAUAAAACACAGACCUUUAGCUCUCUCCUUCCAGGAACUGGUGUUUUUUUUUUUGUAUUCACUGAUAUUUCAGCUACUUUUAUAAAUAAACUAAUUAGCCAGACCUAGGUCAAAUGUUUGGCACUGCUUA